ACGGUCCGCCGCGUAAGCGCCGCAGCCUCCCUGCUGUCGCACGCUCGCGGCCACCGACGCGCGCCGCCAACCCCGCGAAGGGGUCGGCACCGCGCGCCGCGGCCAUGGAGCCCGCGCGGCACGAGAGAGAGGCGCCGAAAUCUGCCGCGCCGCCGUCGAGGCCCGAUUCCGACGGCGACACGCCCGGCGAGACCCCGCUCACGCGCCUGCUCGCCCCGCCCGCCGCGCCCCCCCUGGACCUGCUCUACGGCAUCAUCGGCGGCGAGGCGCGCGCAAGGAAAUGCCUCGCCGCUAGGGGCCGCGCGGCCUACCGCGUCCCCGAGCGCGAGGAGGUCGCGGGCUACACGAUCCCCAUGCUGACGCUCGUCCAGACCUGCCGCGACCCGGCGGCCCACCUGCCCGGCCGCAACCUCGCGGCGCGGAACAAGUUCGGCGUGACGCUGCUCCACAAGAGCCUGCGCUACCCGAACUGGAGCACGUCGUCGUUCAUGAUGGCGGCCGACGCGAGCCUCGCGCUCUACAAGGACGACCUGGGCCGCAUCCCGCUCCACGACGCCUGCUGGAACGAGACGCUGGACUUUGACGUCAUCGUCCAGCUCCUCGAGUUCGACUGGACGGCGCUGGUCUGCUACGACGCGCGGGGCCACACGCCGCUCUGCUACGCGCCGCGGUGCUCCUGGGCCGCCUGGGCCGCCUUCUUCGAGGCCCAGCGCGACCGCAUCGUCGCCGAGUUCGCCGACCCCGGCGACGCGCCACCGCGGGCGCCGGAGCGGCCCACGCAGCCGACGCCGCCGCGCGUGCACUCGGAUCCGACGCUCGACCGCGCGGGCGCGCCGCCCCUGCGGGCGCCGCCCCUGCCGCCCCUGGCCGUGCCGGGCGCCGGCUCCUUCGCGACGUCCAUCUUCGGCGCGCCCGCGCUGGAACCCGGCGUCGUCUCCUGCGACGACGCGUCGCACGAGUCGGAGGCGUCGUCCACGGCGUCCGUCGCGCGGAGCCGCAGCGACCCGUCGCUCGCGUCCCAGGACUCCGAGUCGGACCCGCCGGCGCCGAAGCGGCCCUGCCAGCGGCCCCCGCGGCAGACGCCGCGCGAGCGGUGGUCCGAGGUCGCGCGAUCCGUGCUCUUGGCGCACGGCGUCGACCCGGACGGCGGCGGGGCCUCGCCGCCGGGGCCCGCCGCGCCGCCCGUCGUCUACGUCGCGGCCCACGCCUUCGCCAAGGGCCGCGUGUCGCCCGAGCCCGCGGCGCGCUUCCACGAGACCACCAAGCGCGCAACGAUGAGCGCCAUGGAGCUCGACGAGCAGCCCGAGGACGCGACCAUGGCCGUCGCCGGCGCCGCGUCGUCGAAGAAGGCGAAGCUCGAGGCCAAGGCCCUCGCGCGGCCCUGGGUCGAGAAGUACCGCCCGAGCUCCCUCGACGAGCUCGUCGCCCACAAGGACAUCAUCUCCGUGCUCCGGCGCCUCAUCGAGGCGGACAAGCUGCCGCACACGCUGCUCUACGGCCCGCCGGGCACGGGCAAGACGAGCACGAUCCUCGCGGCGGCGAAAGACAUGUACGGCGCGGGCUACAAGAGCAUGACGCUCGAGCUCAACGCGUCCGACGACCGCGGCAUCGACGUCGUGCGCGACCAGAUCAAGGAGUUCGCCGGCACGCGGCGCCUCUUCUCCAAGGGCAUCAAGCUCAUCAUCCUCGACGAGGCCGACAUGAUGACCAAGGACGCGCAGUUCGCGCUCCGCCGCGUCAUCGAGAAGUACACGGCGAACGCGCGCUUCUGCCUCAUCUGCAACUACGCGAACAAGAUCAUCCCCGCGCUCCAGAGCCGCUGCACGAAGUUCCGCUUCGCGCCCCUCGCUCCCGACCAGAUCGCGGGCCGCGUCGCCGACAUCGUGCGGCGGGAGAACGUGGCCAUCGGCACCAAGGCCACGGACGCGCUCCUCGAGCUCGGCAAGGGCGACAUGCGCCGCGUGCUCAACGUGCUCCAGGCCGCCGCCGUCGCCUACCCGGGCGAGGUGACCUACGAGUCCCUCUUCCUCGUCACGGGCAACCCGCUGCCGGACCACGUCGACGCCAUCUUCGCGUCGCUCCUCAACGACACCUUCGACGCCGCGCGGACGCUCCUCGGCGACCUCUGCAAGACCCAGGGCUACGCGCUCCCGGACCUGCUCACGCGCAUCAACGCCAAGGUCGUCGCCGCGAAGCUCCCCAACGCGGCCAAGGCCCACGUCCUCACGAAGCUCGCGGACAUCGAGUACCGCUGCGCCUUCGCGACGACGACGGAGCUCCAGCUCUCCUCCCUCGUCUCCGCCUUCGUCGUCGCCCGCGGCCUCGCGCCCGCGCCCGCGUCGGCCUAG